AUGCAGAAUGAGAAGUCUCGCAAGCUUCAGGAAACUAGUAUCCUGCAGUCAUACAGCAGAGCAAUUAGCUGCCAUGGGCGACGGCAGCUGUGGAGGACGGCUUUGGAGGCAUUCUGGCAGUUGCAGACAAUGCAGCUUCGGAUAGAUACAGUUGCACAUGGAGCCAUUGUAAACGCAUGCGGACGGAGCGCUGCAUGGCAUCAUGGGUGGCACUUGCUGUCAGGGGCUCGAUUUCACAGCUUGCAAGAGAACACAAUCGUGUUCAACGGUGCAAUAACUGCGGUUGGGAAGACAUGGCGCCAGUCACUGCGCCUGCUCACAUGUAUAGGCUGCAAGAACGUGCAGGUUGAUAUCGUGACCAUCAGCACCAUGGUCAGUUCCUGUGGAGCAGGUCAUCACUGGUUGCAAGGGCUGAUUCUUUUCCAAGCUCUUCGGAAGCUAGCCGUUGAGGGAGACAUCGUUGCUGGCAACGCUGUUCUGAACACUUUGGAUCAGUCCAUGCGGUGGCAACAAUGUGCGCAUUCUUUCGCGCAGCUCAGGGGAACUGCCUUGCAGCCUAGUGCCAUCUCCCUGAACUCACUGAUCAGCGCAUCCAGCACUGAAGGCCGUUGGCAAUACGCUGCUUGCUGCUUCACACAGGCACACUCUCUUACACUGCAGCAGGAUGCCUUCAGCCAAAGCUCGCUUGUGAGAGCUUGUGAGCUUGCUGAAGAGUGGCAAGUUGCACUUUGGUGCGUGGGCUGUUCUUCAAGCUUGAGCCUGGUACUCUGCAAUGCUGCUGUCAGCACCUGCGAGAAAUCCAGCCGAUGGGAGGUUGCAGCACGACUGCUCAAGCAGUUCAGGCACACGAGACAAAGGCCAGAUUCUGUGACUCACAACGCAGAGCUCUGCUCCUACGGUCGGGGCUCCAAGUGGCAGCAGGCUUUUUCGGCUCUUUGGGGGCUGAAAUCCAUGACCACGCAGGCAAACGCCAUUGGCCACAACACCGCUCUCUUUGCGUCCGUCGAAGCCAAGCAGUGGAGAUCUGCCAUUCGGAUCCUCGAGGCCUUACCGAGGUCAUGUCUGCAAGCCGACGAAGUCUCGCUGAACACAGGCCUAAGUGCCAUGGAAGGUGGACAGAACUGGAAACAAACUCUGGAUCUGUUUACCAGCGACUUCUCUGCCCGCCUACAGCGUGAUAUCAUUACCUUCAACUCUGUCAUCAACGUGUGUGCUGCUGGGGGGGCAUGGUCGAAGGCUGCACAACUCCUGACAGACGCUGUGCAGACUGAACUGGAGAUCAACUUGAUCACAUACAAUGGAGCGCUCCGGUCGUACAGUCAGGCAUCUCGCUGGCGGGCCAGCCUGCAGUGCUUGGGGAACUUGAGGCCCAUAAGCCCCGACAUGGUGAGCCUCGAAGCAGUGAUCAACUCCUGCGAAGCUUGCAGAGAGCUUGAGAUGCAAGGGGCCUUGCUACACCGUCUCGAGAACACAGCCAUCCUCCGUGUUUCAGCUUUCGCAGCAGAACUGCAAGAGAGGGAGAGAGCGGCUGAUGCUUGUCCAGACGAUGACAUCCUAGGCUUCAGAUUUCACAAGGGUGCUGCUCGGUGCGUGGACGCCAGAGCUGGUUCCUGGUCCGAGUCGGAGAGGGCGCUCAACUCCGACAAGGCCGCCUUAGGUUACGCCACCCAAUCGGCAUACCCCAACUCGCUGAUCCUGGAGAUUGCUGGAGGCGUGGAUGCGGUGAACAUCGCGGGCCUGGGAGAACAAACCGGAGUCAGAUAUCUGAAGCUGAACGCUGGCGCGAUUGGCUUCCACGCCAAACGUGCCGGAACUGGCUCGGAAUCCAGGGUACAUUUCAGUGGGAAGGCGACCCGCUCACAACUGGACCAGCUUCGGAUCCAAGUUGAGAACCUGCUUGCCCAGGCUCAUCAGACGAUGGCUCGAAAACUGGAAAACCUUCGACCCGUGGAGCUCAUUGUCACGGGUCUUCCGGCGAAGAUGCUUCCAGCUGACGUCGAGGAUUUGGUUGCCUCUUUCGGAACCGUCGAGAGUGUCGAGCCGUUGCAACCUGGCCAGAUGGUCGUGACCUUCGAUUCCCCUGCGGCUGCAGAGAAGGCGGCAGGGGGCUUGCGGGGUGAGUGUCUGGGCGAACAGAGCCUCGAAUGCCACCUCAAGCCUCGACCUCCGCUGGACGAGGAGGACGUUGCGGCUGAUGCUGCAGAGGUGCUGGUGAUGAACAUUCAUCCUGAAGCAACCGCAGAGGAGAUCGAGGCCCUCUUCUCGCCCAUCGGCCCUGCCAAAGUGCGGUGGCCCAGCUCGAAUCAGGAUGCAGGUUCUCUGCGGUUCUGCUACGUACGCUUCGCAUCUCUGACACAAGCACAGAAUGCGGUGACGCAGCUGGUGGGAGUGACCCUCCAUGGUCAAGGCGUCCAAGUCAGCCCUGCGAAGCCAAUGUCAAACAGCUGCACGCUCUUCGUGGGCAAAAUCCCGUACGAGGCAGAGGAGUCGCAUGUGCAAGAGGCUUUGAGCCCUGCCGGUGAAGUUGCGGGCGUUCGGAUUUUGCGGAAUGGCCAGAAAGGCUCUAUCGCGUUCGCGGACUUCACGUGUGCCGAGGAUGCGGCAAAGGCUCUGGACACUCUUCAAGGUGUCUACUGUUUGGGAAGCCGGCUUCACCUGGAGUUGGAGGAGGAAAAGAAGCAACAAUGGUUGCUGGCUCGAGCCCCACGACCACGUGGAUCACAGCGAUCGCAACGAGCGCAGAAUCGCACGAAGUGGGAUCCAUCGCCCAGCAAGCUCUUUUUGGGCAACGUUCCUGCAGAAGCGACGGAAGAAGACCUUCGCAGCAUAUUCUGUGCCGUCGAGGGGCUGAUCGAGGUCGCCAUCGUGCGGAGCAAGACGGACGACACAGGACCUGGCUAUGCCUUUGUCCGCUACAUGACCGCAGAACAAGCAACGAUGGCACUGGAUAAGUUCCAAGUCCUGGAGCUCUUUGGAAGGCAGUUGCGCCUGAGGCCAUCUGGCAAGGAAAACGAUGAUUGGAGGAACAGCCGCAAGGCGCCUCCGGGAAGAACUCUCAUCAUCAGACAUCUGCCUCGGUCAGCGCAAGAGAGCGAGCUGCGGGUGCUGUUCGAGCCAUAUGGGAAGAUUACACAGGUAAAAGUCCUCCACGAGAAAGACUUUACGCAUGCGCAGGUGGUAUACAAGGAGGCAGCGCAUGCGAAAGCAGCUCAGGAAUGCCUGCAGAAGGUGGACUUUCGUGGACGGUCCGUGAAAGUCGUCCGAGCAAAAAGCCGAUCACCACAACGGAAAGACCAGCAGCAACAGCAGAAGACAUCGGUGAGGCCCCAUCUCUUCGUUGGGAAUCUUCCCGCGGAGCUUGACGAAAACACCUUUCGCGAGACCAUGGAAGGCGGUGGAGAAGUGUCUCAUGUGAAAUUGCUCCGCGAGAAGAGUGGCAAGUUCAAGUGUUGUGCGUUCGUAGAAUAUGCGGAUCCCGCCUGUGUCGACGAAGCAAUCGAGCUGCUCAACAAUGUUAACUGUCUCGACAAGCCCAUGAAAGUGCAGAGGUAUCGCUCGCCGACACCUCCUGGUCGAACAAGCAGUGCACCGUUCAGGAGGCCCCAUGUCUUCGUUGGGAAUCUUCCUGCGGAGCUUGACGAAAACACUUUUCGCGAGACCAUGGAAGGCGGUGGAGAAGUGUCCCACGUGAAAUUGCUCCGCGAGAAGAAUGGCAAAUUCAAGGGUUGUGCGUUCGUAGAAUAUGCGGAUCCCGCCAGUGUCGACGAAGCAAUCGAGCUGCUGAACAAUGUUAACUGUCUCGACAAGCCCAUGAAAGUGCAGAGGUAUCGCUCGCCGACGCCUCCUGGUCGCACAAGGACGCGAUCUCGAUCACGGUCACCCAGAGUUCCGUACCCAGCCGCAGACCCCGGGGUAUGGAGGCCGCCAGCAGUGGUGCCUCAUUAUCUCCAGCCCUCGGCCGGACCGCCGAUGAUGUCAUUUUUGCCACCUCCCAGGCCAACAUCAGCCGUCGCGCCAUCGACCCCUAGAUCGAUUGUCAGACCGUCCUGUGCAGCCCACCUACGCGAGGGCAGCGACAAUGACCAGGCAGACAGGUCCAGAAGCCGAGGGCGGCUCCCGCCGCCAAGAAGAAGAACAGCUGGCCAUGAAACUCAACGCUGGUGA